GUUGGGAUGUGGGCGUGGUACUCGUGGGGCGGAGCUUAAUGUCCUAGUCUACAUCUCCAGAGGAAUGUCUGUCAUCCGGGUAUGACACUGAUUAAACAGUUCAACACAUAAAAAUACAUAUUUAAACAUGUUCAUGGAUGAAUCAUGCAUUUAGAGAAUGGUGAAUUUUAAUUUCAUGUUGACUUUAAAAUAUAAGUACCUCUCAAACCAGCAUCUUGUCUUGUUCCCAUUCUCAACUUUUUCUUGAACUGAAGAAGGAAUAUAGUCCCUAUGUAUAUGAGCUCCAUAUUAUGGUGGAUAAUUGUUCAGCUAUGCUAUAGUGUACUACAAUUAUGUUUUAAAUAAUAGAAUCAUUUUCAACAAUAUUCCAUGUUUUAUGUCGAAGAGUAAUAGCCAACAAUUAGGCUAAAUAUUCCUUAAUUAGUAUUGUUAGAAAUAAUGAAUUUUAGUAUUUAUAUAUUUGAGAAAAACUGAUCUGCACUGAAAAUAAUAAUGUUUGUUGGUAUAAUUUUCCCUCAGAAAUUGCUUUUACAAAUAAUUAUAAAGAAACGGCAAGUACCAUAAACAUGAAAUCCUGAAGCAGAAAAAGUGUGUGUGUAUAUAUGUGUGUGUGUAUGUAUAUAUAAUCUCCCUCUACCGGUAGCAGUGUAGUAUGUACUUGUAGUACGCAGAUGUAGUGUGUAGUGUGUGAUUUGGUCGUCUGUCUGUCUGUAAGCUCAAAGCUAUCUCAUUACAGCCUAAUUAACACGACUGUCUAACCAACACAAUAAAACUAUAUCGACUUUUCCCCCCAAGUAUAUCUAGUGUGAUUUAAUUCCAUUACGCUAUGGAACUUAGCCUACAUUUCACAAAUAAGUAUAUUUCAUUCAUUCCAAUCAUUUUUCGAGUUAGUAGUUUUGCCCUUCUUUUCUAAGCACAUCCUGAGGCAUAAUUGAUCUCAUUUAGAAGAGUAUUAAAACUUAAAAGCGGGGGCUCCAUUCUUGAGGAAUUUCGUAAGGGAGUGAUGUUGGGAAACAUCCCCCUAUUUAGUGUCAGGUUGAGCUCAGCUCGCUCCCAUUCACUGCUGGAGGAGCGAGAGAGGCUCUCACAGCAGCCUGGACUUCACGUGCGUGACACUGACGGACUAACACAGAUUUAUUAAUGAGCUGCUGACUGUGUCUGUGUAAACAUGAAGAUCAGGCUGUCUUUGGCUGCCGCUGCACUCUUUGCUAUAUUACUGAAUUCAGUAGAGGCUCAAGUGGAGCCUCCUUCAGACUUGAAAUUUAAAAUCCUGAAUGAAAACACAGUGCAUAUGUCAUGGAGGAGGCCUUCGUCUCGGAUACAGGGCUACAGAAUACAAGUCAUAUCAGAUACAGAUGAUUUGAAAGAUUUGAGUCUUCCUGCCUCGGCCACAGACACAUCAAUCACAGAUUUAACUCCAGAUGUAGACUAUUCAGUGUCAAUCAAUUCAUAUGAUGGUGUGGAAGAAAGUAUCCCUAUCCUUGGACAAAUAACAAUUCAAUCCAGCAACACAAGUGGAACAAGGAAGACACCGUCAGAGACUAUCAAGUGUUCAGUGAGUGCUAUAGCGGAUCUGGUUUUCCUGGUGGAUGGCUCUUGGAGCGUGGGAAGAGAAAACUUUAAAUUCAUCCGGAGUUUAAUUUGGGCCAUGGCAGGAGCCUUUGACAUCGGAGAGGAUAAGACCAGAGUCGCUGUGGUGCAGUACAGCUCAGAUACCAGGACAGAGUUCAACCUGAACCAGUAUUACAGGCGGCCUGAUGUCCUGCGAGCCAUUAAAAAUCUGCCCUACAAGGGUGGUAAUACCAUGACAGGUGAUGCAAUGGACUAUCUGGUGAAAAACACCUUCACUGUGGGGGCUGGAGCCAGGAAAGGGUACCCAAAAGUAGCCAUGAUCAUCACUGAUGGAAAAUCACAAGACUCAGUUGGGGAGUAUGCUGAACGGCUGAGAAACAUUGGAGUAGAGAUCUUUGUCCUGGGUAUCAAAGGAGCAGAUGAGGAUGAGCUGAAGGAGAUGGCCUCCGCUCCCCACAGCAAGCAUAUCUAUAAUGUCCCAAACUUCGACAUGAUCAAUCAGGUGCAGAGGGAGCUCAUCACUCAGGUGUGCUCCGGUGUGGAGGAGCAGCUCAAUUUCCUCGCAAGCGGAGAGGAAGUUGUUGAACCAGCUACGGAACUCAGAGUAACUGACAUCUCCUCCAAAUCCAUGAGAAUUACGUGGGGUUCGUCUCCUGGUGACAUCUCAGGCUAUAAGCUGCAGGUCUUCCCCAUGAUUGCUGCCGCUAAGAAGCAGGAGCUCUACAUGGGGCCCACAUUCACUGUGGCCAACGUCAGAGACCUGUCUCCUGAGACAGAGUAUGAGAUCAGUCUGUUUGCCCUCAAAGGUCUGACCCCUAGUAAGCCACAAGUUGUCAGCGAGAAAACACAGCCUGUGAAGGUGUCUACAGAGUGCUCCCUAGAAGUCGAGGUCCAAGCUGAUAUUGUCCUCCUGGUCGAUGGCUCGUACAGUAUAGGACUGGCUAACUUUGCUAAAGUUAGAUCCUUCCUUGAAGUGCUCGUCAAUUCUUUUGACAUCGGACGCGACAAAGUGCAGAUCAGCUUGGUUCAGUACAGCCGGGAUCCUCAAACUGAGUUUUCCCUGAACAAGCACCAUGACAAUGCAGCUGUGCUCAAUGCAGUCCGCACCUUCCCCUACCGCGGAGGCUCCACCAACACUGGCAAGGCCAUGACCUACGUAAGGGAAAAGAUCUUCAUUCCAGCCCGUGGCGCUCGUGAUAACGUGCCCCGAGUCAUGGUGCUCAUCACAGACGGCAAGUCCUCAGAUUCUUUCAAAAACCCUGCCAACAAACUAAGGGAGGCAGACGUGGAGAUUUUCGCUGUGGGAGUCAAGGACGCCGUGCGCUCCGAGCUGGAGGCGAUUGCCAACACUCCCUCUGAUAACCAUGUGUUUGAGGUUGAAGACUUUGACUCUUUUCAGCGGAUAUCCAAGGAACUAACCACAUCCAUCUGUCUAAGAAUUGAGCAGGAGCUCCAUAACAUCAAGAAAAGAAGUUUGGUUCCACCAAAGUCGCUAAGCUUCUCUGAAGUCACCUCCAGAAGCUUCAGGACCUCGUGGAUUUCUGACGGAGAGGAUAUCCUGUCUUUUCUGGUGCGCUUCAGGCCAGCCGCUGACAUAACUGGAGACUACAUCUCUUUGGUGGUUCCUCAUGACACCUCCUCUACGAUUUUGCCCAAUCUCACGCCCCUGACCACUUACGAGGUUAAUGUCAUCGCCCAGUAUGAUAAAGGAGACAGUUUUCCUUUGACAGGCGAGGAGACGACUUUAGAAGAAUUAGGCUCUGUCCGUAACCUCGUGGUGAGUGAAGAGACUGUAGACAGCUUCCGCGUGUCGUGGAGAGCCGCUCCAGGAGCAGUGCUGAGGUACAGACUGUUGUAUGAGCCAGUGGGUGGAGGAGAUAAACUGGAAGCAGAGACUGAUGGGAGUCAGGUCACCACUGUGCUCCAUGAACUGCUACCCGUCACCACCUACCGUGUCACAGUGUACCCUGAGUAUGCAAGCGGAAUGGGUCUCUCCAUGGACACUGAGGGCACCACCAAAGAAGUUCGGGGCUCUCCACGUGACCUGAGGGUCUUCAAUGAGACCGUAUCCAGCAUGAGGGUCUCCUGGCGGGCAGCUCCAGGCAAUGUGCUUCAAUAUCAUGUGGCCUACAAACCUGAUGGUGGGGAAAGGAAAGAAAUGUUUGUUAAAGGAGACACAACAACAGCUUUGCUGAAGAAUUUGUCGCCGGACACCGAGUAUGAGCUGUUCGUUAGUGCCCGUUACACCUCUGGCCUCGGAGCUCCACUGAUGGGAACAGGCACCACUCUGGAAGAACUUGGUUCACCUACGAAUCUGGUUACUUCGGAUGUCACUGAGAACAGUUUUGUAGCAUCCUGGACUGCUGCCCCUGGCAACGUCCGCCUUUAUCGGGUCACCUGGAAAUCCCUCUUUUCGGAGGAAGCUGGAGAGAAAACCGUCCCCGGGGACAUAACCACCACUGUUCUGGACGGACUGACACCGGAGACCCGCUACAAGGUUUCUGUCUACGCUGCCUACAGCAGUAAGGAGGGGGAGCCGCUGCAUGGAGAGGAGACCACAGAUGCAUCCGCCGCUGCCAGAGUUCUUACAGUUUCAGAAGAAACAGAGAGGACCAUGCGAGUGACAUGGCAACCAGCACCUGGCAACGUUGUCAAUUACAGAGUGACUUAUAAACCUCAGGGUGAGACACGCCAGUUGGCCUCCAAAGCACCAGGGGGCACUAACACUUUAGUCCUGAGACGACUGCAGCCACAAACCCCCUACGAUAUCACAGUGGUUCCCGUCUACAAGUUUGGUGAUGGAAGACAAAGACAAGGAGAAGGCACCACGUUGUCUCUAUAUAAAGCUCCCAGAAACCUGCAAACUUCAGAACCUACUAAAACUAGUUUCAGGGUGACCUGGGAUCACGCUCCUGGGGAUGUGAAGGGGUACAAGGUCACCUUCCAUCCCACUGGGGAGGAAAGGGACCUGGGAGAGUUGCUAGUAGGCCCCUAUGACAACACAGUGGUUCUGGAGGAGCUAAGGGCCGGCACUAAGUAUACAGUGAGUGUGCUUGGUAUGUUUGAUGGAGGAGAGAGUAUGCCUCUGGCUGGAGAGGAGAAGACCACCCUCUCUGAUGCCCCUGAACCUCCAACCUUUGAAACUCCAGAGGUAAUGUGCAAAACCACAGCCCAGGCUGAUAUUGUCCUGCUUGUUGAUGGAUCUUGGAGCAUUGGUCGUCUGAACUUCAAGACCAUAAGGUCUUUCAUUGGUCGCAUGGUGGGUGCCUUUGACAUCGGGCCGGAUCGUGUCCAGAUUGGUCUGGCACAGUACAGUGGAGACCCAAAGACUGAGUGGCACCUAAACACUCACAGAACCAGAAAAGAGCUGCUGGAUGCCGUGGCCAGUCUACCCUACAAAGGAGGAAACACUCUGACUGGCCUUGCUUUAAACUACAUCCUUCAGAACAAUUUCAAGCCUAAUGUUGGAAUGCGUCCGAACUCUCGGAAGAUCGGCGUCCUGGUUACUGAUGGCAAAUCUCAGGAUGACAUCACGGUAAACCCUCAGAACCUGCGCGACCAGGGCAUUGAGCUGUAUGCCAUUGGUGUGAAGAACGCAGAUGAGAAUGAGCUGAGAACCAUUGCUUCCGAUCCCGAUGACAUCGGUCCACCUGUACCUGACAUCCACAUGUACAACGUGGCUGACUUCUACUUCCUGCUGGACAUCGUGGACGACCUGACAAACAACCUGUGUAACAGUGUCAAGGGUCCAGGAGGAGGCCCCGAGCCACCCACUGAUCUAACGACCUCAGAAGUGACCCAUUACUCCUUCCGUGCCACCUGGGUCGGCCCCGAUGACCCCGUGGAGAAGUACAGAAUAGAGUAUGUGAGCACUGCAGGAGGAGAACCACAAAAGUUGCUUGUCGACGGGACGGUGACGACUGUGGUCUUGGAGAGACUCACUCCGCUGACGGAGUACAUAGUGAAAGUUCACUCAGUGGUGGGAGAGGACAGCAGCGACCCCCUCAAAGGCUCGGAGACAACAUUGCCUCUCAGCGCUGUGAGGAACAUGAACAUCUACAAAGAGCGCUCCACCACCAUGAAUGUGAGAUGGGAUGCGGCCGAAGGGGCCACAGGCUACAUGCUUCUCUACAGCGCCCUUAAUGGCACUGAACCCUCUGUGGAGCAGGAGAUGCGUGUGAAAGGAACAGUUACUGAUGUCCAGCUGAAGAAACUUCGUCCCAACACGGCCUACAGCGUUUCCGUCUUCAGCCUGUUCGGCGAUUACGCCAGUGACCCCCUCUCUGAUCAGGGGGUGACCCUGCCUAUUCCUCCAUCUGGUGAGUUGAGGAUCACAGACAUCACCCACAGCACCAUGCAGCUGGACUGGGAUGAUGCACCCGGCGCUGUUCGCAAAUACAUCAUCACUUUCAAGCCAGAUGGAGGAGAGGCGAAAGAGCUCGAAGUUGACGGAGAUGUAACGUCUAGAGGACUGGAUAAUCUCAUUUCCCAAACGGAAUAUGAUGUGGCUGUGACUCCUGUGUAUGACUCUGGGCCCGGAAACCCAAUGCUUAACCAAGCCAUUACAGAUGUUGUCCCUGCUCCGAAGAACUUGAGGUUCUCUGAAGUGACCCAGACCAGUUUCAGGGCUCACUGGGAGCACGGCGCUCCUGAUGUCUCUCUCUACCGCGUCAGCUGGACCAAGAGCGGAGAGAACAACUUUCAAUCUGAUAUCCUGAACAGCGAGGACACCACUCUCCUUCUAGAGAACCUGGAACCAGACACUCUCUAUGAUGUUUCUGUCACUGCCAUUUACCCCGAUGAGUCUGAGAGCGAAGAUCUUUUGGGCAGCCAACGCACAUUGUCCAAGGUUAUUACACCCGCUCCUAGUGGACCUCCUCAGAACCUCCAGGUGUUCAAUGCGACUACCACCUCCCUCACCACCAAAUGGGAUCACGCUCCUGGAAAAGUGCAGAACUACAGGAUCACUUACGUACUGAUUGCAGGAGGAAGAUCACAAGACACACAGAUUGGAGGGAAGAAAAACACAGUUCUUCUGCAGAAACUGACUCCAGACACUCCCUACUACAUCACGGUUGCUGCAGUCUAUGCGAAUGGAGAUGCCAAAGACAUUUCUGGCCAAGGAAAGACAUGUGCUACCGGCUGGGCAGUGUGAGGAAACCUUCAGGUCACGGACCCCACGGUCAGCACUCUGAAUGUGCGCUGGGAGCCGGCUGAGGGCAGUGUACGGCAAUACAGGAUUUUACUACCAGACCGGUCACAGGGGGGCGCAGAAGACAUGGUUCAAGUUCCUGGAAGCUCCACCAGUACCGUUCUGAAGAACCUGCAGUCUGAUACAGAGUACACAGUAACAGUGGUGCCAGUAUACGCUCCUGGAGAGGGCAAGCGCAUGUCGGAGAAUGGAAAAACCUUGGUGCGGACCCCUGCCAAGAACAUCCGGGUUUACAACCCCGGCACAAACACCCUGAACGUGCGCUGGGAGCCGGCCUCCGGAAAUGUUCUGCAGUACCGCGUCGGCAUACCCCCCCUCUCAGGAACCCGUCCCCCUCAGUCUGUGCUCGUUCCAGGGAACACCCACACUGCCUUGCUGGGAGCAAGCUCCGAUUCAGACACAGACACACGCGUGACGAGUGUGGUGGCUCUGUUGGCUGAUGGCGAGGGCUCCUCUGCGUCUGAUAAUGGAGAAAAAACAUUUGGAGUCCUGGAGCUCUGUAAACUGCGUGUUUCAGAUGAGUGGUUACAACUCGUUCCGUGUGUCCUGGGACCUGUACCUGCGCGGGUCAACGGUUAUAAUCUGGUCUAUCCCCCAGCACGGACGGAUAACACCAUGGAAGUGUUUGUGGGUGGAGAUGUUAAUACAAACAUUCUGCACAACCUGCAGCCUGGAAACCACUGGGGUGUCCUUUUUGUGCAGUACAGUGAUGAAGCUAAAACAGAGUUCAAACUGAACACCUACCACGACAAAGGAAUGGUGCUGUCCGCCCUUCAGAUGGUCAAAUACAGAGGAGGAAACACCAAAACGGGUGUUGCGCUGAAGCAUAUCGGAGAGAAAGUGUUCACAUCAGACAGUGGCAUGAGGAGAAACGUUCCCAAGGUUCUGGUCGUAGUAACUGAUGGUCGUUCUCAAGAUGAAGUGAAGAAGAAUGCUGCUAAACGCUUCUGGCAUGCAGGCCAGAACUUCAGACCCCUUCUCCUUGUGGGAAGCCAAAAGCUGGUUGCCAAAGAUGUUGACGGUAUUCACACUAAUGCUGUUUUAUUUUUGCAGCUUCACAUUUCUGUUUCACCGAAAAAUGUCAAACUCAACAUUGACUGCCAAGAGGUGGCUGAGAAAGAGAUCAAAGAGGCCAAAAACAUAUCCACAGAUGGCUAUGAAGUCCUCGGAAAAAUGGCAACGUCUGGCGGUUCAAGGAAGCAGUCAGCCACAUUCCAGCUCCAGAUGUUUGAUAUUGUCUGCAGUUUGGGCUGGACAAGUCGAGACAAAUGUUGUGAUAUUCCAGCAAUGAGAGACGAAGCCAAAUGUCCCGCUCUUCCUCACUCCUGCACAUGUGCUCAGGACAGCAUUGGUCCUCCAGGCCCAGCGGGCCCUCCGGGCAGCCCUGGUACAAAAGGCCCACGAGGUGAGAGAGGAGACUCUGGCCCCAGGGGUUCAAUGGGCCCACGUGGGGAGCAGGGUCAACCAGGACAAAUGGGACCACCAGGCCCACAGGGCCCUAAUGGAUUGUCUAUUCCUGGUGAACCAGGGCGGCCUGGACCUAAGGGAGACCCCGGUGACCCAGGUUUACCUGGACAGCGGGGCUCGAUUGGUGCUCCAGGUCCGUUUGGCCCUGUUGGACCUUCUGGAGCAAGGGGUCCACCAGGAAAUGAAGGCCCGUCUGGACCAAGAGGUCCAUCGGGACCAAUGGGACCACCAGGAUCACCUGGAAUGCCAGGAAAUACAGGAGAACCAGGGAAACCUGGAGACACUGGCUUCCCGGGCUCUGUUGGCAUGAAAGGAGAGAAGGGUGAAAGGGGAGACACUGCGUCACAGAAUAUGAUGCGCUCUGUAGCAAGACAAGUCUGUGAACAAUUAGUCAACAGACAAAUGAGCAGAAUCGAUAUGAUGCUGAACCAGAUCCCCAGUAACUACAGGAGUAAUAGUCCUGGUCCUUCUGGACCUCCAGGCCCACCUGGCAACCAGGGACCCCAUGGAGAGCAAGGUCAGCCCGGACCCAACGGGUUCCCAGGAAAUCCAGGUUUGCCUGGGCCUCCAGGAGAAAGAGGAUCACCAGGAGAGAAGGGUGAAAGAGGAAGUCCAGGCAUUGGCACUCGUGGAGAGAGAGGAUUACCUGGACCUCCUGGGCCACCAGGGCAGUCUCAGAUAGGACCCCCUGGUCCCUCAGGCUCAGCGGGGCCCCGUGGCCCACCAGGGCGGCAGGGUGGACCCGGAAUCGGAGGACCACCUGGACCUCCAGGGUACUGUGACUCAUCUCAAUGUGUAGGCAUCCCUUACAAUGGACAGGGUUACCCAGGCCCCUACCAGCCAGAACUUGAAACCUACGUAGUGCCCAUACCAGCCCAGCCGUCGGAAGAUAUCGAGACACAGUCACCAGGUUUACGAAACCAGCGUGGAAAAAGAUCGCUAUCAAGAAAGGAAGCUAAAAGUAUAGAAAUAUAGAGUGAAAGUGUAUCUCGUGUACUGUAAAACUGCAUUUAAGUCCAGAUCUAGCCUCGUUCACAUGCACAUUUAACACAGUCAAGUGGAGAGGCUCGUAAGAACCCUGUGUGCUUGCCGAUGGUUUCACAGUGUGUCUUUGCUUGUAACAUAACUGCAUUUUGUAUUUGUAAGAAACUCAUGUUUAGCACUAUGUCCUAUAAACACUACGAACUGAUUUGCUGCACAUUUGAAAGUUUGCAAAGUGUAAACGAGCUUGCUGCAGUGCAUUGUGUUGUUCUUUCUCUCUCAAGGAAAAUGGACUCUUAGUUCUUAGACCUGGCUUUUGUUUUGUUAUCCUAAACCGAAUAUUUAUCUGUUGUAUACCAACUCACACCAAAAGAAGAAUUGCAUGCCUGUGUUGUAUAUUUAGUAAGGACGUUUACAAUCAGAAUAUAGUUGUUUUUCCACUGAUAUCAGUUGAAAUGCAGUUGGAAUUUGUUGCAAGUCUAUGGACAUAGAAGAGUUUUUUUCAUAUCUGAAUUGCACAUUGUGAAUUCCACAGCCUUAUGUUCUUAUUUAUUUCUGAAUCAGAAGAGGCAUUUUUAAAUAAAACUACUGAAAAUGUUUAA